AUGGAUUUGGAAACAGCACGUGCCAAUUAUCCAAACAGACUAGAGAGGUUAGAAGAAGAACGUCUUAUGGACAUGCCUUUCGAUGUUAGUGAACCUCAAGUUGAAGGACACGACGGCUUUGCCAGAUUCUACUGGAAACAUGACGAACAAUUGCAUCCUUUGAGAAGGAAAAAAGGAAAAGGUGAAGACGCACAUGCUCCCAUGGAAAGAACAAGAUAUGCAUAUGAAAAGUAUCGUGAAGUUAGAAGUCAAUUUACAUCUGGUCGAACCUUUACAGUAAACUUUGACGAAGGAAAGAACAAAGAAGGCUUCAUGGGAGUACUUGCUGCAAUUCAAGACGGAAAUAAGAAAGGACACAAUCUCAGAUUGACCAUAACAGAUUUGGAUGGUCACAUUUACUAUGCACAUGGCAAUGAACAAACAGCCGCAAAACUUCUUGACGCUUUCAAGACUACAAAGAGAGAACAAAUGGUUGACUCCGACUCAGACAUUUUGAAUGCAAUUGAAGGAAUUGCAAGUGUCAAGUUCGAAUGGUACCAACCUAACCCUCAAGCAGUCAGACAACAUGCUGGAUACUUCCCGUUCAUAAAUAAGUCUGACAUUGACUUGACAAGGUAUGGAAUUUACAAUUCAAUUGAAACAAUUGUCAAUGAACCUUGUAUUCUUACAUGUCUCAGGAACUCUGGUCUUGUUACAGAUGAGAAGAUGAAGUAUCUUGAGUCAUGUGUGAAGACAAGGUACAUUCUCAGAGGUCAAUUGGCAAAAAUUGCACCGUUGGCAAAUGUCAAUAUCCGAGUCAACAUACCUACAGCUAAAGGUUCUUCACAUGACGACUAUGUUGUUGACAAAGACUUACCAUGGUUGAAGAUUGUAAUUGUCCACAACCACUUCAUGUUGAACGAAAGUCUUACAAACCCAUUCUUUGGUAAAAGUAAGUGCAACAUUGUCAGAGCUGUAAACAUUCUUUUCGAGAAAGGUUUGUUGGAACCAAUUCCAGAUGACAAGCUGACAGAAACUUUUGUACCAAAAGACGAAACAAACUUUUCAUU